CUCAUUGGCCUAAAUUAUACACUGGGAAUUCCGGAUAGACUGCAAAAGCAACUGUUCCCGACAGAGAUCACAAAUUCUUUCUUUUUAAGUUUGUUAAUCUUUAUGACAACUCUUAGGAGUUGGUGGAAAUAUGAAGAAAACAUUAUUCAUUCUCGCGGUGGUCGGAUUUUUAUUCGUAAGCUGUGUGCGGGCAGAAGAUGAUGAUGAUGAUGAUGCCACUGUUGAAUUGGACAUUGGGAAGAGUCGUGAUGGAUCCAAAACUGACGAUGAAGUAGUUGCAAGAGAGGAGGAAGCAAUCAAGCUUGAUGGGCUGAAUGUUGCUCAAAUGAAGGAGCUGCGGGACAAGGCAGAGAAGCAUCAAUUCCAGGCAGAGGUGGACCGUAUGAUGAAACUCAUCAUCAACUCGCUCUACAAAAACAAGGAGAUUUUCUUGAGAGAGUUGAUUUCCAAUGCCUCUGACGCCCUUGACAAGAUUCGCUUCCUCUCCCUCACCGACAAGUCUGCACUGGCCGCCACAGAAGAACUCAGCAUUAAAAUAAAGGCUGACAAGGACAAUCAUGUCCUCCAUGUGAUUGACACUGGCAUAGGAAUGACCAAGGCCGACUUGGUCAAUAACCUGGGAACCAUAGCCAAGUCAGGAACCAGUGAAUUCCUCACGAAGCUCGGCGAAUCUCAGUCCACCAUGGAGAUGACAGAUCUCAUUGGGCAGUUUGGAGUGGGAUUCUACUCUUCCUUCCUUGUUGCUGAUCGUGUGAUCGUCACAUCAAAGCACAAUGACGAUGAGCAGCAUGUCUGGGAGUCAGACUCCAACCAGUUCAGCGUAUCCAAGGACCCCCGUGGCAAUACACUGGGACGGGGAACACAAAUCAGUCUGCACCUCAAGGAAGAGGCCCAUGAUUUCCUGGAAGAGGGAUCCCUUAAGUCUCUCGUACAGAAGUACAGCCAGUUCAUCAACUUCAACAUCUUCCUGUGGGAAAGCAAGACAGAGGAAGUGGAGGAACCACUUGAUGAUGAUGAAGCACCAGCUGAGGACAAAAAGAAGGAUGAAGAUGAUGAUGAUGAUGAAGCAGAGGUAGAGGAGGAGAAAGAGGACAAGCCGAAGACUAAGAAGGUUACCAAGACUAUCUGGGACUGGGUGCUUGUCAACAACGUGAAGCCAAUCUGGACACGCAAACCAACUGAUGUAGAGGACAAAGAGUACAACGAGUUCUACAAGUCUUUUUCCAAGACGUCAGAUGAGCCCCUGGCUAAGAUCCACUUCACGGCAGAGGGAGAGGUGACCUUCAAGUCUAUCCUAUUUGUACCCAAGAGCAGCCCCAGUGACAUGUUCCAGAACUAUGGCAAGAAGAUGGAGGGCAUUAAGAUGUACGUGAGGCGUGUGUUUAUCACGGAGGAUUUCGAGGACAUGAUGCCCAAGUACCUUUCCUUCAUAAAGGGCAUCGUUGAUAGCGACGACCUUCCACUGAACGUAUCCAGGGAGACGCUGCAGCAACACAAGCUGCUCAAGGUCAUCAAGAAGAAACUGGUCCGAAAGACGCUUGAUAUGAUCAAGAAGAUUGAGGGUGAAGAUUACGACAAAUUCUGGAAGGAAUAUAGCACAAACAUCAAGCUAGGUGUGAUUGAGGACCAUUCCAACAGGACUCGUCUGGCAAAGAUGCUCAAGUUUUUAUCUUCAAACUCCGACACAGAGCAGACAACACUAGCAGACUACAUUGAGAGAAUGAAAGACAAGCAGGAGCACAUCUACUUCAUAGCGGGAACCAGUCGCUCAGAGGUUGAGAAAUCUCCUUUCGUUGAGCGACUCCUGAAGAAAGGUUACGAAGUACUCUACCUGACCGAGCCUGUGGAUGAAUACUGCAUCCAGUCACUGCCAGAGUUCGAGGGAAAGAAGUUCCAGAACGUUGCUAAGGAGGGUGUGAAGAUUGACCAAUCAGACAAGGCGAAGGAGUACAAGGAGAAAUUGGAGAAGGAUUUCGAGCCAUUGAUCAAGUGGCUUAAGGACUCCGCACUUAAGGACCAGAUCGAGAAGGCAGUGGUUUCUGAGCGUCUGACCUCCUCCCCUUGCGCUCUGGUUGCCAGCCAGUACGGCUGGUCUGGUAACAUGGAGAGGAUCAUGAAGGCCCAGGCCUACGCCAAGGCACAGGACCCCUCUCAACAAUUCUAUGCCUCCCAAAAGAAGACGCUUGAAAUUAAUCCAAGGCAUCCUUUGAUUAAGGAAUUGAAAGCAAGAGUGGAUGCCAGCGGUGAGGAUGAGACUGCCAAGGACUUGGCGAUGGUCAUGUUCGAGACGGCCACCCUGCGCUCAGGUUACACCGUACCUGAUUCUGCAGCCUUCGCUUCGAGAAUAGAGAGAAUGUUGAGGCAUGCCAUGGACGUAGAUCUUAACGCUCAGGUGGAAGAAGAGCCGGUCUUUGAGGAUGAUGAAUCUACUGCUGAUGAUGACGAUAAGAAAGAAGUUGAUGCUGAUGCUGAAGAAAAGUCCGAUGACACUGAAGAAAAGACUGAAGAUACACAUGACGAGUUGUAACAUUUGUACUUCCUAGAAGCAUCUCAAGUAUUGCGUUUGAUAGACUUCAAUCAUGCAUCUCCCAUGUGUCUGACUGGCAUUAUCAUUGUUACAUUAUCAAAACUUUGUUUCUCAUAUCAAAAUCAAUGACUUAUUCAAAAUUGCUAACUUUUGUAGCAACUGCUUUUGGGAACCAAAAUUUACUUAUUUAAAAGGUAACAUUACAUGGUUGUACACAUUUGUUGCUUUCAAAUAAUUUUCUAAGAUGGAGAAUACAUGUACUUAGGUUUUGUGAUAUCUAUUAGUGGACCAUUUUGUAAAAUUGUUAAAGAGUGAAAUCAGUGCUAGUUAUUGGGACCCAUUUCAAUUUAAUACACUUUUUAAUUUUUAUUUCUGUAAGUAUUAUUUGCACAAAUGUAUUUUAUUUUGUCAUGAAUGUUGUUAAAAAAAUGGCGGUAUCAAAGUUUUCAGAGCUUUAUAAAUUGUGGGGUUUGUGAUAAAGAGGUUAUACUUGCAUCUUUUUUUACAUUUACUUGAUAUUGGCAACCAUUCCAUAAAACGUCUUAGUGCUAAUUAUUACUCAUUAAUUUACCCGAUGACUUGCAUAAUUAGUGGAGAUUAUUUCAUUGGAAUGACAAAGACAAGUACAGUAUUUGUGAAUUAUGGAUGGAAUAAAUCUACUUGCUGGAAAUGUUCCUGUUUUAUGCUGGGUUAGCUUCUGUGAUUUGCAAAAGUUUAUUAAUAUAGACAUUGUCAUAAAUUGACAAAAAUGCAAUCAUGUUUUGAUACAUGGGUUAUUGCAAUAAACUUACCUAAACAGUAAAUAUUUUAUGUACAAUUGUGUUAUUAUAAUUUCAUCAUUUGAAAUGAAGUGUGAGUUAAAGUGUACGUUUCCAUUGUGAACAUGGUUUCAUUGCCCUGUGUUCCCAGAGAUUUGAUGCCUGUAUGUUGAGUUAUGAAAUAUUUUGAGUACUGGUAUUUAAAUAUAGUGAAUAAAAGGACAUUUUGUCAUUUUGUUUACAAAGAAUGUUUUGUAUAUAUCUAUGAAAUAAAUAAAUAUUUUCCAAAAUC